AUGCCAGCAUCUUCAGAAUCGGCAAUGGAGACUUUGGAGAUCCACUCCAAAGAUUUCUUAAUCAAGUGGAUCAAUGCACCACAAGACUCCACCAUUGAUUGGCAAGUGAAACCUUUGAAAAAAUCCAUCAAUUUUGCAUUUUAUCAAAAAAGAGAUGACACUACUUCAUCUCAGUCGUCGCUUGAUGCAUCGGAUAGGAGCGCUGCUUUGAGUGAAUUAGCUCCACCUCCACCACCACAACAACUGAGAACAAGAACCGGGUCAACUGCAUCUGUCAACCAAUUUAAGAAAUCAAAUGAUGUUUACAAGUCUAAAUCAAGAACAUCCACAUUGUCAUCAAUCGGACAAUCUGACCUAUCUUUGAUCAAAAACUACAACAAAUUGAUUGCUAAUGAAUUGGUACACGGAAAGUUUCACACUGCAACUGGGGGCAUGUUUGCUUUUGUAUUUGACAAUUCUUUUUCCAAAACGAUUGCCAAAUCAGUUGAGUUUUCUGCCAACGUUAUAGCCACUGACAUAUCACAAGAGGAAAAGAUUGAGCACAACGACCAGCAAGUGUUUGACAAUAAUGCAGACAAUUCUCUUGCUGGGGAAGUUUUACAAAGUAUCAUGUUGAAAAAACGGAGAAAGAAGUUGCAAGGAUUUGUUAAGCGUUAUUUUGUGUUGAAUUUGAAAAGAGGCUCCUUAUCUUAUUUCAAAGUGGAUGAUACCAAAUUAAGAGGUCAAAUGCCGGUAAAAGAGGCAAUUAUUUCGGCAAAUCCAUCCAAUAGACAGUUCAUUAUCGAUUCAGGAAUGGAAGUUUGGCAUUUGAAGGCAAUCAAUCAAGCUGAUUUCAAUGCAUGGGUGAACGCCUUCAAUGCAAUCAAGAGGCAAGAGAGUCCAAACGCAGCUGCCUCUAAAUCACCAUCGCCUUUCAGAUCAUCUACAGAAUUGAACAAUAUUUUACACAAGCUAGACCAGUUGAGACUUGAAAACCCAUCACCAUUGGUGGGAGAGAUUCACCAGGAUAUUUUGAACUUAAUCAACAAACGAGGUGGAGACCUAGAUGGUCAAAGUACCCACGACAUGCAGUCAAUUUACACGUCAGAAUACCAUGAUGCAGAGGAGGAAUUUGACAAUGAUGGAGUCAACUUUCUCGACAAUGAAGGAUAUGCACCACAACAAGAAGAUGAAGAGAUGGAGGUUGAAGAAAAUUCAUCCGAGGAGGAUGAAGAUGAAGAAGAAGAUGACGAGCAAUUUACUGACAGAAGACCACCUCAACAAUCUGAAGCAGCAGGUGCAGCAGCCUUUGAUGACCAAACUCAAUUUGACACUGAACAGAAACAAGAAUUGCCACAACCAACAGUGGCUGGUGAUGAUGGUUUAUACCCGUUGCCUCAUGACGCAGUUUCCCGUGAUUUUGACAUACCGAUUUGCAAGCACUCACCACCUUCAUUGCUUAGUUUUGUUCGAAAGAAUGUUGGUAAAGAUUUGUCGACAAUUGCCAUGCCUGUAACCUACAACGAGCCCACAACCGUACUUCAAAAAUUUGCCGAAAUGCUCGAAUAUCCGCAAAUUGUAUCUAAUGCAGUUGAAUCCGAUUUCCAAGGCGAUAACGGUGAAAAGAUUUUGAGAAUUGCCGCAUUUGCAUUGAGCUCUCUUUCCUCACAAAGAGCCAAAGAAAGAAAUAAACGGAAACCGUUCACCCCAUUAUUGGGUGAGACUUAUGAAUUGGUACGAGAAGAUCUCGGUUUCCGAUUGAUUUCGGAAAAAGUCAGUCAUAGGCCUCCUGUUUUUGCCUUUCAUGUCGACACUGAAAAUUGGACAAUGGAUUUCGCCUUGUCGCCAUCGCAAAAAUUUUGGGGUAAACAAUCUGAAGUCACAACCAAAGGUAUGGUUGUAUUAACUGAUAAGUUGAGCGGUGAAGAGUUUACUUGGACCCAACCCACAACAAUGAUUAAGAACAUUAUUGCUGGAGAAACUUAUGCCGAGCCAAACGGAUCAAUCACAAUCAAGUCAUCAAAGGGGUAUAAAGCUGUUGCUGAGUUUGCAAAGGGUGGAAUGUGGAGCGGUAGAUCAGAAGGGGUCGAAAUCAAGGUGUUUGACAAAUCAAAGAAGGAAUUGCCAUACACUGUCUCUGGUAAUUGGACGGAAAAAUUCAUUCUCAAGACCAAAUCAACUGAAAAAAGCAUCUGGCACGCUGGCGAAUUAUUGCCUAAUUAUCAGAAAAAAUAUGGAUUUACUACAUUUGCUGGUACGUUGAACAAAAUAACCGAAAUGGAGCAGGGAUUCAUCCCACCAACUGAUUCAAGAUUCAGACCUGACUUGCAAGCGUAUGAACAAGGUGAUGCUGAUCGGGCCGAAGAGUUGAAGAAUAAACUUGAACAAGAUCAGCGUGUGAGAAGAAAAGAAAUGGAAGAAAGUGGUACUGAACAUGUACCUCAGUUUUUCCAAUUUGUUGGUGGAAGCAAUGAACCUGUUGAUGAAGGUAAGUGGGAAUUCAUCACUGGUGAGAAUAGUUAUUGGAAUAGAAGAAAAAAUCAAGAUUGGCAAGGGUUGGUCAAAUUGUGGUGA